GUCGAGAUUUGAUAUGCAUACAGUCCAUGGAUGGGAUGCUCAUGUUGUUUGAACAGGAAAGCUAUGCUUUUGGCCGUUUUUUACCUGGUUUUCUUCUGCCUGGUCCCUUGACUUACAGCUCUCGGACAGAUUCUUUCAUUACGGUGUCUUCUUGUCGGCAGGUCGAGAGUUACAAAUACCAAGUGCUGGCAUUUGCGACAGAUGCAGAUGAAAGACAAGAAACAGAACAGCAAAAACUUAGUUCUGGAAAAAGGCUUGCGGUGGAUUGGGUUUUAAACAUCGGAGAGCAAGCACUGGAUAUAUGUGUUGUCUCCUUUAAUCAGACAGUUUCUUCUAUUUUUGUGCUUGGUGAGAGAAACUUCUUUUGCCUUAAGGAUAAUGGGCAAAUUCGAUUCAUGAAAAAGCUUGAUUAUAGUCCGAGUUGCUUCAUUCCUUAUUGUUCAGUGAAAGAAGGAACAAUAAACACUCUAGUUGGAAACCACAGUAAAAUUCUGAAUGUUUAUCAAGAUGUUACACUGAAAUGGGCCACUCAACUUCCCCACAUUCCUGUAUCAGUAAAAGUAGCAAACUUACA